GGCCGGAGGCUGCGGCACCUUUAAGACAAGGGAGGACCCCUCAUGCCCUCGGAGCAACCAGGAAGGGAGUCGGGAGCAUCAUACGGGGCUUUGCCUGGUGCUGUACGGUUACUGUAGGGGCAGUGACGCCGCCGCCGCGCGAAGGAGCGACGCGGGGACACACGCGCGGGGACAGCGAGCGCCGCGCACCCCGCGGGCCAGCGGCCGAUCCGCGCAGCCCCCCACCCUCUCCAAAGCCCGGGCCCCCCGGCCCCGGCCCCGCGAGGUCUCGGCGCGGAAGAUGGCCGGCGGCGUGGACGGCCCCAUCGGGAUCCCGUUCCCGGACCACAGCACGGACAUCCUGAGCGGGCUCAACGAGCAGCGCACGCAGGGCCUGCUGUGCGACGUGGUCAUCCUGGUGGAGGGACGCGAGUUCCCGACUCACCGCUCGGUGCUGGCCGCCUGCAGCCAGUACUUCAAGAAGCUCUUCACGUCGGGCGCCGUGGUGGACCAGCAGAACGUGUACGAGAUCGACUUCGUGAGCGCCGAGGCGCUGACGGCCCUCAUGGACUUCGCCUACACGGCCACGCUGACGGUGAGCACGGCCAACGUGGGCGACAUCCUGAGCGCCGCCCGCCUGCUCGAGAUCCCGGCCGUGAGCCACGUGUGCGCCGACCUGCUGGACCGCCAGAUCCUGGCCGCCGAUGCGGGCGCCGAGGCCGGCCAGGUGGACCUGGGGGACGACGUGGACCAGCGCAACCUGCUGCGGGCCAAGGAGUACCUCGAGUUCUUCCAGACCAACCCCAUGAACAGCCUGCCCCCCGGCGCAGCAGCAGCAGCAGCCGCAGCCGCCUUCCCCUGGCCAGCCUUCGGCACCUCCGAGGACGACCUGGACGCCGCCGUCGCGGCCGCGGGCGACUGCAACGGCUUGGAUUUCUACGGGCCGGGACCCCCAGGCGAGCGACCCCCGACGGGGGACGGGGAAGAGGGUGACAGUAACGCGGGCCUGUGGCCGGAGCGGGACGAGGACACCGCCGCAGCCGCCGCCGCCUCCUCCACCGCGACCACCACCAACACCACCACGACCACCGGCGGCGGCGGCGGGGGUCUCUUCCCGCCACCCGCGGCCCCGCCAGCCGCCGCCGCCACGCAGAACGGUCACUACGGCCGGGCCGGGGAGGAGGAGGUGGCCUCGCUGUCCGAGGCGGCCCCGGAGCCGGGAGACUCGCCGGGCUUCCUGUCGGGCGCAGCCGAGGGCGAGGACGGAGACGGGCCCGAGACGGACGGGCUGACGGCCAGCACGCUGCUGCAGAAGAUGAUGGCCUCGGUGGGCCGCGCCGGGGCGCUGGGGACAGGCGACAGCGACGACGAGUCCCGGGCCGACGACAAGGGCGUCAUGGACUACUACCUGAAGUACUUCAGCGCGGCCCACGACGGCGACGUCUACCCGUCCUGGUCGCAGAAAGGCGAGAAGAAGAUCCGCGCCAAGGCCUUCCAGAAAUGUCCCAUCUGCGAGAAGGUGAUCCAGGGAGCGGGCAAGCUGCCGCGCCACAUCCGCACCCACACGGGCGAGAAACCCUACGAGUGCAACAUCUGUAAGGUCCGCUUCACCAGACAGGACAAGCUCAAGGUGCACAUGAGGAAGCACACGGGGGAGAAGCCGUACCUGUGCCAGCAGUGCGGGGCGGCCUUCGCUCACAACUACGACCUUAAGAACCACAUGCGCGUGCACACAGGGCUGCGGCCUUACCAGUGCGACAGCUGCUGCAAGACGUUCGUGCGCUCCGACCACCUGCACAGACACCUCAAGAAGGACGGCUGUAACGGGGUGCCCUCGCGUCGGGGCCGCAAGCCCCGGGUGCGCGGAGGCGGAGGCGGGCCCGACCCCGGCCCCGGCGCCCCGACCCCCGCCGGAGCCCCCGGCCCGGCCGCCGGCUCCCCGGACGCCCGGCGCAACGGCGAGAAGCACUUUAAGGACGACGAGGACGACGAGGACGAGGCCAGCCCCGACGGGCUGAGCCGCUUGAAUGUAGCGGGCGCCGGCGGCCAAGGUGACAGCGGAGGGGGGCCCGGGGCCACGGCCGACGGCAGCUUCACAGCCGGACUCGCCUAGAAACCAAAAAAAAAAAAAAAAAACCACACAAAAAAAAACAAAAAAACGAAACAACAACAACGAAAAAAAAAAACAAAAACCCAGACAGAGAGAGAGAGCGCGCAGACACCCGAGAGAGCGAGUGAGAAAACCACCCACCACCCCCCAAAAUCACAAAACAGAAAAAUUUAUCUAUACGCAGAUACCUAUCUAUAUAUAUAUACAGAUUAUAUAUAUAUAUAUAUGAACGGCACCGAGCCUAGGUUAGCUAGCGCUUUUCUCGAAUCUUCCUCCUCCUCCGUGUCGCCUCUCCCUCCGCAGGGGCCCCCCGCUUCCCCAGCUCCUGCACCCCGCGGCCGGUGGCUGGCUCCUGGGGCUUGGUUUGGGGUUUUUUUGUGCUACACAAGGAUUCCGAACCCCCCUCGCACCCUGGGCGCCCGUGUGGGAUCCCUGGGUCCGAUCCGAGUGAGGCCCUGGGCCAGCCCCGGGGUGCGGGUCAAGUUGGAGAGAAGGGGGUGGCCAUGCGCGCUGGGGAGCUUGGGGGGGCGGCCUUCCCUCCCCUUACCCCCUCACUGGUUCUCCCGAGUCUUGGAGACAAGACCUUAAAUGUUUUUUUGUUUUUUGGUCCGCUCUGAGUGGACGCUAAACCGCCCCGGCCCCAGCUCCCCACCCUCCUUCCUCAGGGCACUUAUUAAGGGGGGGCCCCCCUCCACCCCCCAACCCCAUCCCUCAGCAGCUUCCUCAGCGCCCCCCUGCUCCUCCUGCCUGUGGCCUCGCACCCCGACCCGCCCGAAAACCCACCGAACCUCCUGGCCACCGUCACACAAACCUAUUUAUUGCCAGCCUGGACAGAGGCUGAGAUGCGGUGGCCCGGGACACGGUGCCCCCGGCCCUCCACCUUCCUGCACGGCACUUAGGGCGGGCGGGAGCCCUCCGGGGCCACCCCUCAGACCACCCCCCACUCCCCACCACCACCGCCACGUUUGGAGAUUGGAAAACUUCCGACUUGAUCCAAGCCCCACUUUUUAAAAGCACUUUUUAGAGGUUCCCCUCCCUCCCCCUUAAAAGCCGAAAAUUUACAUAUAGAUUAUAUAUAUAGAUUAAAUAUAUAUAUAUAUAUAAAUAAAAUAUCCCUUCUUCCCCAGAGGGGUAGGCGGCAGCGUGGGGAGGACUAGACUAGGGUCCCCCAAGAUGGCAGGGAUGGGGCGAGUGAGUGAGAGAGAGAGAGAGAGGGUUGGAGUGCUCUGAUGUCACAAAAAAGCAAUAAAAAAAAAAGGAAAACAGGAAAAAAAAACCAACCAACACCCACCACCACCACACAGGUAAAGGGGGCAGAGCAAGGAGCAGGCAGGGACCCCGAGUCUCGGCACUUUGUCACGGGACGGGUACUACACUUUAUCUUAAAUCUUAAUUUAAAAGAAAAAAAAAAUACAUGUUUACAAGUUGCAAUCAACUUCUAUGAAAAAUUUGAAAAGGAAAAAAAAAGCGAGCGAGCGAGAGAGAGAAAGAAAGCAAAAAGAGAUUCCUAAGGAAAAAAAAAAAGUCGAUUUAUUUUUGUACAAAAUAAUAAUAAAAAAAAAACCCAGCGCAACGUAGAAUGCACUUGUGUUCCCCAGGAUGGAAGAGCCGGGUCAGGCAGGGACCGGAGUCGGGGUGUCCAGGGGCUCCCCCAGGGGUCUGGGUGCCUGGGGGUAGGACGGGGGUGCUUUGCAUUGUGGGUACAGUUUGUUCCCCCUCUUUUUUUUUUGUCUUGGUCCCUGUGUCGCCCCCUCGCUCAGGGAUGGACCCGAGAGGGGGUCGGCCUCCCCUCUCCGUCCCCCACCACCACCCUGCUGUCCCCAUUGAGGUGGGUGAGGGUGGCCUCUAGGCUUAACCCUCCCCCCGACACACUCAGCACCCCUCCCUCCCUUUUUUUUUUUUUUUUUUUUAACUCAAAGGCACUGACUGUAACCCUGGGGGCUGGCACCUGCCUCCUCCUCCAAUAUCUGAACCCCCGUUUCUUCCCCCCACAAAAAAAAGGCCCGGUGUUGACCAGGCCACAGGCCACGGACUGGGGGGACGGGGCCGGAGUUGGGGAGAGGAUGUUGGGAAGGCCAGGACCCCCGCAGCCCAUGCCCUCCUGCCCGCAUAUGCAACGCCUGGCAUGGGAUCCUGUGAGUGGCUGCUUAGCCCAGCCCUGACCCUCUCAGACGAGGCUGGGGGUGGCCGGGGGUCGUCACCCCUCCACCCACCCCCAGCCCCACCAGCCAUCUAUCUGUCCACCUGGGCACCCCUGUUGCAAAUGUCUUUCUUGUCCUUUUUUUCUUUUUUUAAAGGGAAAUUUGUGAAAAAGUAGACAGUCAUUGUUCCCGCCCCUCUGUGUCCCCCUUCCCCACCACCACACCCCAGUUGUCUCAGGACGCCCCCCCGCCCCCGGGGCCGGCAGAGGGGCAGGCCCAGGGUCGGUCGGUGCUGGCCUGGCUUCCGCAGUGCAGACUGGACAGGCCCCCCCGCAACACACACCAUUCCCCUCAAACUCCCAGAGAGGUCCCCAAGGGUAAACCCUUUGCCCACACAACCCCCCUCGCAAUAAAACCAACUCCGAGAAUCACAGGCGUGGUCCUGGCCAGCGGUGGUCGCUGCUCACGGGGUAGGGGUGCGGGGAGGCCUGGGGGCUGCAGCCCCCAUGGCAACUUCCACACGACACCCCCCACCCCAAGCCCCGCCGGGGAAUUGCACUAAACCCCUCGCCCCCCAGCUCCUGCUCCGCUUCUGCCAGCCUCCCAACUCUGCCUUAACCGCCAGCCCGUCCGCAAACCCCCUACCCUGGGGGUGGGGAGGCCACCCUCCAGGACACCCCCAGCCCAACCCAGCCCCCUCCCCAGCCCCGCGCAAUCACAUACUGUAUAUAGACGUGGAUCGAUUUUUAUUUUUAUUCUUUAAAUUAAGGUCGUGAUAAAAGUGUUGCCAAAGAUAACUGCUGAAUUCUCGCGUUUCAGGAAAAAAAAAAAAAAAAAAAAACAGAUGGUUGGAGGAGGGUCUUGCUGGCUUGGCCAGAGAGAGCCGAAGGGUUUUUGUUGCUUGGUUGUUUGUGGGGUUUUUCUUUGUGUGUGUGUGUGUGUGUGUGUGUGUGUAUUUUGUUUUUGUUUUAUUUUUGGGGGGGAUUUUUUUUUUAACUGCCUGGUACAAAAAAAAAUUUUUUUUCAAAGUGAAAUUGUCAUUUGCAUCUUGGUAAGGCUGUGUGUAUGUGUGUGUGCGUGUGUGUGUGUGUGUGUGUGUGUGUGUGUGUGUAUGUGUGUGCCAGAGCAGCAGCAGCUAGGGCCAGGCCUGGGGGGCUGCAGGAUGAGGUGGGGGGGUCUGGCCAGAACCCCCUCCUUGCCUGGAGUGACACCCCGCCCCCAGCCUCCAUGGGCCCCCUUGCGUUUGCUGUAGGGUACCAGCUGCACCUGCCUCAGCCAUUUGAAAUUAAGGAAAAAAGUUUAAAAAAAAAAUUUAAAAACCACCAAAAA